CUGUCGAAACCUCAGUGGAUAAAAGACCUAGAGAAUGCACAUCCCAGAAGAAGCUGGCCAAGGAUAUGGGAGCAACCACCAUGGACCAGAAGUCUCUCUGGGCAGGUGUAGUGGUCUUGCUGCUUAUCCAGGGAGGAUCUGCCUACAAACUGGUUUGCUACUUUACCAACUGGUCCCAGGACCGGCAGGAACCAGGAAAAUUCACCCUUGAGAAUAUUGACCCCUUCCUAUGCUCUCAUCUCAUCUACUCAUUCGCCAGCAUCAAAAACAACAAGGUUAUCAUCAAGGACAAAAGUGAAGUGAUGCUCUACCAGACCAUCAACAGUCUCAAAACCAAGAAUCCCAAACUGAAAAUUCUCUUGUCCAUUGGAGGGUACCUGUUUGGUUCCAAAGGGUUCCACCCUAUGGUGGAUUCUUCUACAUCACGCUUGGAAUUCGUUAACUCCGUAAUCCUGUUUCUGAGGAACCAUAACUUUGAUGGACUGGAUGUAAGCUGGAUCUACCCAGAUCAGAAAGAAAACACUCAUUUCACUGUGCUCAUUCAUGAGUUAGCAGAAGCAUUUCAGAAGGACUUCACAAAAUCCACCAAGGAAAGGCUUCUCUUGACUGCAGGCGUAUCUGCAGGGAGGCAAAUGAUUGAUAACAGCUAUCAAGUUGAGAAACUGGCAAAAGAUCUGGAUUUCAUCAACCUCCUGUCCUUUGACUUCCAUGGGUCUUGGGAAAAGCCCCUUAUCACUGGCCACAACAGCCCUCUGAGCAAGGGGUGGCAGGACAGAGGGCCAAGCUCCUACUACAAUGUGGAAUAUGCUGUGGGGUACUGGAUACGUAAGGGAAUGCCCUCAGAGAAGGUGGUCAUGGGCAUCCCCACAUAUGGGCACUCCUUCACACUGGCCUCUGCAGAAACUACCGUGGGGGCCCCUGCCUCUGGCCCUGGAGCUGCUGGACCCAUCACAGAGUCUUCAGGCUUCCUGGCCUAUUAUGAGAUCUGCCAGUUCCUGAAAGGAGCCAAGAUCACGAGGCUCCAGGAUCAGCAGGUUCCCUACGCAGUCAAGGGGAACCAGUGGGUGGGCUAUGAUGAUGUGAAGAGUAUGGAGACCAAGGUUCACUUCUUAAAGAAUUUAAACCUGGGAGGAGCCAUGAUCUGGUCUAUUGACAUGGAUGACUUCACUGGCAAAUCCUGCAACCAGGGCCCUUACCCUCUUGUCCAAGCAGUCAAGAGAAGCCUUGGCUCCCUGUGAAGGAUUAACUUAGAGAGAAGCAGGCAAGAUGACCUUGAUGCCUGGGGCCUGCUCUCUCCCAGGAAUUCUCAUGUGGAGUCCCCUUGCCAGGCUGGCCUUUGGCUCUCUCUUCCAAGCCUUUCCUGACUUCCUCUUAGAUCAUGGAUUGGACCUGGUUUUGUUUUCCUGCAGCUGUUGAAUUGUUGCCCUGAAGUACAAUAAAAAAAUUCAUUUUGCUCCAGUAA